AGAUGCCACAAACACUACGAGAGAGCGAAGGAAGUUGUUAUCUGAAAUUAUCUGUGAUAAAAAUGGCUUCCGUCUAUUCUUUGUCGAGUCGAUAUGUGACGAUAUCAAUAUUAUAGAGGCUAAUAUACUCGAAGUGAAAGUUUGCAGUCCAGAUUAUCUAGGUAUGGAUAAGAAUGAGGCUGUGGAAGACUUUAUGCAGCGUAUAGAACAUUAUAGACAGAACUACCAGUCCAUGGACUAUACCCACGAUAAAGAUCUAUCCUUUAUACAAAUCUUCAACCAGGGCGAAAGAUUCCUCGUCAAUAAAUUAGCUGGCCAUUUACAAAGUAGAGUUGUGUAUUAUCUUAUGAACAUUCACGUGUUACCGCGGACCAUUUACCUGACACGGCAUGGUGAAAGUAUGAUGAAUCUUCAGGGUAGAAUAGGGGGAGAUAGUGAACUCUCCCCCAGGGGUAUGGAGUAUGCCAAAGAGCUUUCUAGGUUCGUGAAGAGUGAGAAGAUACCCAAUCUGAAGGUGUGGACCAGUGAGCUUACGAGAACAAUACAAACAGCUCAGUUUAUAGACGGCCCAAAAGCUCACUGGAAAGCUCUAAAUGAGAUAGAUGCUGGUAUAUGUGAAGGGUUUACGUAUGAAGAAAUUGCCGAGAAAUAUCCAGAAGAGUUUGCCAAGAGGGACCAAGAUAAAUACCACUAUAGAUAUCCAACUGGAGAGUCAUAUCAAGAUUUGGUUGCUAGAUUGGAGCCUGUUAUUAUGGAGUUGGAGAGACAGGAGAAUGUAAUGGUUGUCUGUCACCAGGCUGUGGCCCGAUGUCUGCUGGCCUACUUCCAGGACAAAUCCUCAGAGGACUUAGCUUACCUGAAAGUCCCGCUCCACACAGUAAUAAAGCUAACGCCAGUGGCCUAUGGCUGUAGGGUCGAAUUUGAAAGCCUGAACAUACCGGCUGUAAAUACGCACAGGGAACGUCCCGCGAAACCAGGGACUGUGGAGGAAGCAUUAGUAGACGAGGAUAUGAGCAAAAAGUGCAUGAAAUCCCGUGCAAUGUCCGUGAAUUAGUAUUCUUCCAUAAAAUAUGUAUGCAAGACUUUCAUAUGUAUAUGUUAAUCAUUCAAAGAAUUUAAUGAUGAAUAUCAGCUUUAGUCAAUAACAAGGUCAGUGAUGUACAUAAGGUUUUUGAAGUAUGGAACAUGUUUUGAAAGUCGUGUAACCUGGAAAACACCAUAACCUAUUACUUUAACAGCAUUGAAAACAAAACUGCAAAGCCUUCUCCACUAGAAAUGAGCCUAACUAGCUGGCACCUCUAUGCAGAUUGACCUGAGGAUCUAUAGUGUGGACAGACCAAUAUCCAAAAUUUUCAUCCUGAUAUCCCUUGAAUAGAUAAUGGACUUUUUCAAAAUGGAAGUUGGACAAGUCCAUUCUGGAAAUUUGGGGAUUUAUAUCAGGAUAUCUCUUGAAUUGACUUUUUCAAAAAGGAUGUUGGAGGAGCCCAUUCAGAAAAUUUAGAAGAGUUAAAUUUAGGUUUAUCUUUGGAAA